UUUCCAGCAAUUAAGUUUAACUUUAAUAACUAAUACAUGAAAGAACUGUUCAUAGAGUAAAUACACAUAAUAUUAAUUAUUAUAAUAAAUUAUCAGGAUGUUUUUAUUGUGAAGGGGUUGUGAUGGAGGUGGAGCAGAUCCGCAGAUAAUCAAACACUGUUGAAAGGACCAAACAUUCACACACUCCUGACGAACCUCACACACCAGAACGAACACUGAUGCUCUCUAGUGCCCCCUGUCUGAGUGGCAGAUAGUGCACCAUGAGAAGAAGCCAGUCACUGCUGCUGUUGUUCAUAUCACUGCUGACCUCUGAGGUGUAUUACUGUAGCGAUGUGGUAAUCGCUGCGAGGAUGCCAGCAGAGGACGAGACAGAAAUCCAGGCAUCCCCUACUGAUCUGAGUGUGACACGUGAGCAGAUCCUGUCUGCCCAGUUUGAGUGUUACCUCAAAAUCAUAUACGACCCUCCACGUUCUGAAGCAGGCCCAUACUGUAAUCGCACGUGGGAUGGUUGGCUCUGUUGGGGAGACUCUGCACCUGGAACCGCUGUUCAGCUCUGCCCCUCCUACUUCCAGGACUUUGAUCCAUCCGAGAAAGUGACCAAAGUGUGUAACUCCAACGGUCAGUGGUUCCGUCACCCAGAAAGUAACAGACUGUGGUCCAACUACACCGAGUGUUCGGCUUACACCAAACAGAAACUCGAGCUUACUUUUGUGAUGUACUAUCUGGCUGUGGUGGGACACAUCCUCUCCAUCAUAUCACUUCUGAUUUCCAUAUUUAUCUUCUGCUACUUCAAGUGUUUGAGUUGCCAGCGUAUCACUCUUCAUAAAAACAUGUUCACGUCAUUCAUCCUGAAUUCAGUCGCCACCAUCGCCCUGCUUAACCAACAGCAGGUGAAACCUGAUUCUUCUCAGAUUGGCUGUAAAUUCCUGAUGAGUUUAAUCCAAUACACAUCAUGCUCUACUUAUUUCUGGAUGCUGUGUGAGGGAAUCUACCUGCACACGCUCAUCAUAGUGGCGGUGUUUGUGGGGAAACAGCAGCUUGGGUGGUACUACAUCCUUGGAUGGGGUUUUCCUGUGAUUCCUGCUGUUAUGCACGCUGUGGCGCGACUGCUCUUCCACGAUGACAACUGUUGGGUGAUUAACUCAAAACUGUUGUAUAUUACACACGGUCCGAUCCACGUCGCUCUGCUGGUGAAUCUGUUCUUCCUCUUGAACAUCGUGCGGGUGUUGAUCACUAAACUGCGGGUCACUCACCAGACUGAGACAAACGUCUACAUGAAAGCGGUGCGUGCCACCAUCAUCCUGGUACCUCUUCUGGGAGCGCAGUUCAUCCUGGUGCCACUUCAGCCCAACGGACGCAUUGCAUUUGCCGUCUACGAGUUAUUCAUGAACAUCUUGUCACAUUUUCAGGGUCUCCUGGUGGCCAUUAUCUUCUGUUUCUGCAAUAGAGAGGUGCAGUCAGCGCUCAGGCGUAAGUUCGCGCUGUAUCGCUGUCAGUGGAGACAGCGCCACCUGGUGAAGAACGAUACACACUGCAACUAUCACACAAACUCCUCCAUCACAGAAACGAGCCGCGUAACUUUCAGUCUUGACCACAUCCCAUGCAACGCAAGUAAUGAGAAGACGCACACUGCCAUGUAUGCGCUCAACGGCAAGAGCAACGGCAAACGCUACUCGAACGGAGAACCCGAGAAAAGCAUAAUUUCAGAGUCGUCUGAAAUCUGAUCAUCCAUCAAGUAGAAGAAAUUCUGUUUACACAACAGUGCUGUUGAUAAAGUUCCUGUUUUGAUGUUCUGAAUGUAAAAACACACAUAAAACCAUCUAGAGACUGUGGCGCUGUUUACACCUGAUAUUAAAAUCCAUCUCAGGUGAUCAGAUCACAAGUCAUUAAAAAAAGUGAUCCAAAGCGUUCCGUAAUCCGAUCACUCGAACCACUUUUCACGUUGGCCAGCUGUCAGACUGCUUGUUAAGUUAGCGAUAUGUUAGCAUCAUUCAAUCAUGCUAAACUUCUGGCAGAUUUAAGUUUAAGUGUAAAUUCAAGGAAUUAAUAUGAAAAUACCAAUAAAUAUUUCCACAUUGUAACUUUUCCUAAAUUGUAUGUUUAACAUGUUACAUUGUAACAUUAGCUGUUAGACAAGCACUUGCAUUUUCCACUGAAUGUUAAGAGGUGUUUUUAUGAUUUUGUUUGAUGUUAUAAUGUUUUAUUAAAGGUUUUAUGGCAAUUGGAAAACAUUCCAUAUUGAUGUUCAUAAAUGUGAUCUCACUCUUUGUGUAUUGUACACAAUGAAACUCAAUAAAAGUACUUGCACUGAGGGA